AUGAAAACAUUGAGAAAUCCAAGGAAAAUGACCCUGAAGGGAUUUAUAGGACUGAGUAAUAGGUUAAGGAAGAAGCUAGAGAAGUGCUUCGCCCUUGAUCCUGUUGUGCUGUUUCUGCUUGGGUAUAAUUAUAGGAAGUUUGAAGAUGACUGUGGUUCGAGUAGAUUUGAGGAGUUUGUGGAAAGUGUAAAAGAGAGUAUGGAUACUCGAAUUAUGAGUAAUGCUGAGCUAGAACAGACUUAUAGCACUCUGUAUAACCAAUCCUCACUUUCAGAAGUUUUCAAACUAGACUGUCUAAAAUAACCAUAAAACCACCUUCCAAGAUACAGCCAAAGAUCUCCCAAACCUUACAAAAACUCUCCUUUCAACCCCAUCUCCAGGACAAGAGACCCAGAAAAAGGCUAAUUUCGAGCUAGAACCCCUCCCAAAAUUCCUAACCCUCCCUACCCUCCCUCCUGCCCCUGCCACCCCCACUUCCAGCUCCUCCACAUCCCCCCUUCCACACGCUCAAACCACCCAAAAUCCCCUUCCGAGGCCUCGCAGACCUCCUCCUGGCCCAUUUCCUCCAAAAUCCCUGAUGAAGCGACCAAGGAUUUCCUCUAAAGACUCGGCCUAGUCAGGUUUAUGUACACUUAGUGCCUAAACCUACUACUUCAGUUCCUU